AUGCGGCCGCCUGCGCCGAACCGAACCCUCCUUCGCAUCAACCUCCUCGAUCCCUCCACCAUCUGUCGACGAUGCACGGCUCAGCUUCGCCCCGUGCUGCGCGCACCCUCCCACGCGCCACUCCUCGCACGCCGUGCCGUGUCGACAACUCCCUCUAGUCGCCUCAGCGCCAGCUACUUCCUCCCCAACAAUGCUCUCGAGCGCGCCGCCGCCUCGGCCGUCAAGGCCCGCACACAGAGCCAGAGCAGUCGAACGUCUGCCACUGUCACCAAUGACUCGUCGUCAACAACAGCAGCAACAGCAAAAGUCUCGGCUUCGACAAGUCGCCUAGACGCAACACAGCCCCCCGUCAAUGCUGAACUACCACAUCGACGUCGCCAGGCUGCUCGGCGAGCCGCCGCCGCUGCUGCCGAAGCAGAAGCUGACUCGGGCUCCUCCUCCGCGGUCCUCCCCGCCCAAGAUGCCUCCUCGGCCCUCACCACGGUGGCCGCCAGCCAGCCGGCCCGCUCGCUGCGCCGUAUCCUCUCCGCCUGCCUCUCGCUGUCGAAGCCGAGGCUGACGGUGCUCGUCGUCUUGACGGCCAUGGUCCCCUACGCCCUGUUUCCGGUGCCGUCGUUCCUGUCGCCCGCCGUCACCGAGCUGCCCUCGCUCUCGCCGCUGACCCUCCUCUUCCUCACCACGGGCACGACGCUCUGCUCGGCCUCGGCCAACGCGCUCAACAUGCUCUAUGAGCCGGCCACCGACGCCAAGAUCGCGUCACCGCCCUCAACACGUGGAUCGGCGCCGUCGUUCGGCGGCAUCCCGCCGCUCAUGGGCUGGGCCGCCGCCGUUGGCGAGUCGGCCACGCUCGACGGUCUGUUCUUGUGUCUGCUUCUCUUCGCCUCGUGA